AUGGCAGCUCGCCAAUCAACGCCAGACUCGCAUUCCGACAACGUGCGCAAGCGUGUCUGUAAAGCAUGCGAUCGGUGUCGUCUGAAGAAAUCCAAGUGCGAUGGAUCAAGCCCAUGUUCACGCUGUCGAGCAGAUAACGCAGUCUGCGUAUUCGGCGAGCGAAAGAAAGCCCACGAUAAAGUGUACCCAAAGGGAUACGUUGAGAUGCUCGAACAACAACAAGCUUGGCUAGUCAACGGCCUCCAAGAACUCUACCGUCGCAACCUCGAAGGCGAGGGAUGGCCUGGCGAUGCCCUCAAGACCGAGCCCAACGGCCACCCGCUUACCCACGACCUGCUGACUCGCCUUGGCGCCCUGGACCACACAAAGGGCGAACACUUCGAAGAAAACCCCGACGCCAUGCAGCAAGAUCUCUGGCGCAACGGGAUGCAACGUCAGGAAUCGUCCGACGGGUCAUCAGAGGCUCAUUCGCCCAUCGCUCGCUCCCGCUACUCAUCCGAUGCCUUCUCGCAAUCCCAACAGACUAUGCCCCCAACGCCGCCGGCUUAUAGCCCCUCGACCCGUGCGCACGUCAAGCCCGAACCUGUCCCCAUCAACGUCCAGCCCCAAACACCCGUGCAGGCGCAGAAUCAACAAUAUGCGUUGUCCAUGCAGGGCGUUCGUUGCAAGGCCCCCCCUCAAUGGAACAAUAAUAGUGGUUUCAAUCCCUUUGAUGAGAUGGAUCUCAUGAGUACGGCCGAUUAUUCAAAUAUGAAGUUUGAAGAGCAGAGCAUGCAGUCGCCGAUGUUUAAUCAAAUGCCGAUGAACUGCGUUGGUGGGGAUUAUGAUGACUUCAAUCAGUUCCUCAAUCCCAAUCCGACGGAGAUCACUUCGAUCUGA